GGGUGUAUAAAAGCCAGCAACUCUCUUCCUGGGAUCCUGCCCGCUGCCUGCUUUCCCUGUGGUUCGUGCCCCCACAGGUGACACCAUGCUCUGCAAAGUCCUCAUGCUUGUUGCCCUGAGCACCCAGGCUGUGGCUUUCCCCCAUCUACUCCCAGGAUCAGCUAGUCACCCACUGGAAUCAACCAACAACCUACUGAAACCAGUCAGUGAAGUAGAUGACUUGGCUGCUGACUUAGAGGUUUUUGAUAAAGUGAAGUUAACCACUGGUGUAGAAAGAACCAUGGGCCAAGACUCCAACACUGACCUACACCACACCACAGACAUGAAGUUGACCCUGGACUCAUAUCAACCACAUGCACAGGCUUCUGUGUUCUCUACCGAUGUCGAGACAACAAGGUCCAGCUUUCUGAUGAUAUACACCGGAGACCCCGAAGGAGUUGGAACAGUUGGAACAGCAAGCUUUGUGGACAACAAUUCUGUGUAGACUCUCACCACCCUGGAAAGUACUGAGUCUAUCUUAGUGGAGUUUUAAACUGGAUCAAAGUUUCCAUUGGCUGUGAGUGUCAUUGUGCUGGUUACAACCCUCUGAGAAGACUCCAACUUUUGAGCAGGUCUGCUACUACAAUAUUGGAUAUUGCAUAAAAAUUUGUAGAGAAUGAGAGAAAUACAAGAUUCCCUCAGUCGAGGGAAGAGUGUUCAGAACUGCAGAUGGAGAGACAGUGGGACAGGCAUUUCUUAACUCUGUUCCACUUAAUAUGCGCUUAAUAAAUGCUUGUUGAGA